CUCCAGCUUACAUGACUGGGAGGGAAUCUGGGUCUGGUGUCCUUUGAAGAGGUGGCUGUGUAUUUCUCCAAGGGGGAGUGGACCCUGCUGAGCCCAACCCAGAGAGCUCUGUACAAGGAAGUCAUGCUGGAGAAUUUUGGGAACGUGGCCUCGCUGGAUCCUGUGAUUGGCAUACCUGGCCUCAUAUCCUGGCUGGAGGAAGAGGAACAGCUGUUUGUCCCUGGGUGUGAUGAAGAUGAAGGAUUGACAGGAGGCACAUGGGAGUCAGCGAAUGAAACAUCUGAGCAUGGAGUGAUGAAAAAUGGAGACACCCAUUCAGAUCUGAAAGAGGAAGAUGAACAUUGUGGUGAACUGAGGACAGAGAUGGGAAAACGCCCUCCUGCAGGAAUGCAUAAUUCCGGCCUUUUACAAGAUGAUGGUUUUCUUGAAAUUCCAGAGCUUCGCAAAAAGUUUGAAAAAGACAGUAGAAAUGAGUACCCAGCAACUAGGGAUAAAUUUCCUGAAAAAUCAGAUAUAAAGAUGAAUCAGAAAACGCAUAAAAGAAAAAAAAUGGAUAAAUGGCUGAAGUGCAGAAAAAUCUUUACUCAGAAGGGAAACAUUAUUUCCCAUCAAAGGGUCCAUAAAAGGGAAAAAACCUAUACAUUUCUGGAGUGUAGAAAAAACUUCAAUGGGAGAGAGUACCUUACAUCCUGUCAAAGAAUUCACACAGUGGAGAAACCAUUUAAAUGCCUGGAGUGUGGAAAAUGCUUCAAUCAGAGUGCAGCCCUUUCUUCCCAUAAAAGAAUUCACACAGGGGAGAAACCAUAUAAAUGCCUGGACUGUGGAAAAACCUUCAGGCACAGUAUUAGACUUUCUUCCCACCAAAGGAUUCACACAGGGAAAAAGCCAUAUGAAUGCUUGGAGUGUGGAAAAAGCUUCAGUCAGAAGGGAAAUCUUACUUCCCAUCAAAAAAGUCACACAAAGGAGAAACCUUAUAAAUGCCUGCAAUGUGGAAGAAGCUUCAGUAACAGUGGAAGCCUUACUCACCAUCAAAGAAUUCACACAGGGGAGAAACCAUAUAAAUGCCUACAGUGUGGAAAAUGCUUCAGUCAGAGUGCAACCCUUUCUUCCCAUGAAAGAAUUCACACAGGGGAGAAACCAUAUCAAUGCCUUGACUGUGGAAAAUGCUUCAGACAGAGUGCAGCCCUUUCUUCUCAUAAAAAAAUUCACACAGAGGAGAAACCAUAUAAAUGUCUGGAGUGUGGGAAAAGCUUCAGUAUGAAAGGAAACCUUAAUACCCAUCGAAGAAUUCACACAGGUGAGAAACCAUAUAAAUGCCAGGAGUGUGGCAAAUCCUUCAGUGAGAAUAGAAGCCUUACUUGCCAUCAAAGAAUUCACACAGGGGAGAAGCCAUAUAAAUGCUUGGAGUGUGGAAAGAGCUUCAGUCAGAAAGUACACCUUACUUCCCAUGAAAGAAUUCAUACAGGAGAGAAACCUUAUAAAUGCCUGCAGUGUGGAAAAGGCUUCCAUGACAGUGGUGGCCUUCAUUCUCAUCAAAGAACUCACACAGGGGAGAAACCAUAUAAAUGCCUAGAGUGUGGAAAAUGUUUCAGUCAGAGUGCAACCCUUUCUUCCCAUGAAAGAAUUCACACAGGGGAGAAGCCAUAUAAAUGUUUGGAGUGUGGAAAGAGUUUCGGUCAGAGGGGACACUUUGCUUUCCAUAGAAGAAUUCACACAGGGGAGAAGCCGUAUAAAUGCCUAGAGUGUGGGAAAAGCUUCAUGGGCAGUGGACACCUUACUUCCCACCAAAGGAUUCACACUAGUGAGAAACCAUAUAAAUGCCUGGAGUGUGGAAAAAGCUUCAGUCGGAGUGGGAGACUUAUUGUCCAUCAAAGAAUUCACACAGGGGAGAAACCGUAUAAAUGCCUGGAAUGUGGGAAAAGCUUCAUGGGCAGUGAACACCUUACUUCCCACCAAAGGAUUCACACUAGCGAGAAACCAUAUAAAUGCCUGGAGUGUGGAAAAAGCUUCAGUCGGAGUGGGAUCCUUAUUGUCCAUCAAAGAAUUCACACAGGGGAGAAACCGUAUAAAUGCCUGGAAUGUGGGAAAAGCUUCAUGGGCAGUGGACACCUUACUUUCCACCAAAGGAUUCACACUAGCGAGAAACCAUAUAAAUGCCGGGAGUGUGGAAAAAGCUUCAGUGAAAGUAAAAGCCUUACUUACCAUCAAAGAAUUCACACAGGGGAGAAACCGUAUAAAUGCCUGGAAUGUGGGAAAAGCUUCAGUUAUUAUGGGAAUUUUACUUCCCAUCAAAGAAUUCACACAGGGGUGAAACUUUAGAAAUGCUUGCAAUGUGGUGGUGAAUACCCUCAAGUCAUAGCUGACUUAUGGCAACCCCUGGUGGGGUUUUCAUGACAAAAAACUAACCAGGGGGCAGCUGUGACUACAGGUUUUGUCCAAAGACUUCCUCAGGGGCACAAAGACCGUUCACCAUAAUAAUGUCACCCUUAGCAAAGAUAAAAGAGCUCAGCUCGUAAAGCAGCGCAUAACCUGGUGGGACUGGCACAUAUGGUUGGGAUUGUGCCUGGAUCAACAUAUUUAUGAAUUGACUAAUUGUCUUCAUUGAAAUUGUUUUAAUUGUGUGUCUGCUGUUAACCGGGGUGUGGCUUUGCCAUCUCACUUGUGGUCUUUAACUACCAGGUUAGCCUCUUUUUCUAGCUACAGGAUCAGGUGUGGAGCAGGUGGCAAUGCCCACACUCCCCUUCACCCGGCUGGGAUCAGAGGCGGAGCAGGUGGCAAUGCCCGCCCCUCUUAACCUGGCAGGGAUCAGGCACAGAGUAGGAGGCAAUGCCCUCUCCUGCAUUCUCCUGGCUGGGAUUAGGCAUGGAGCAGGUGGCAAUGCCUGCCCCCUCUCUACCCAGUGGUGAUUGGGGCCGGGAGCAGGUGGAAAUGCCCCCCUUCACCCAGCUGGGAUCAGGAGCGGAGCAGGUGGCAAUGCCCACCCCUCUUUCACCUGGCAGGAAUCAGACGAGGAGCAAGGGGCAAUGCUUGCCCCCCUUGCCUUCACAUAGCCAGGAUUAGGAGUGAAGCAAGCGGCAAUGCAUUCAUCCAUCCCUGAUCAGGCAUGGAGUAGGUGGCAAUGCCUGCCCUUUAUGCAGCCAGGAGCAGGCAAGGAUCAAGCAGCAAUGCCCUGUUGUUCACCCGCCAAGAUCAGGUGCAGAGCAGGGGGCAAUGCCCCCCUUAACCCCCCUAGGAUCAGGUGCGGAGGAGGAGGCAAUGCCUGCAUGCCCACCCUCCCCUUUCUAGAGCCCCUUGUAUUUUUCCCCACAAUGGUUAACAGCUAGAUCCUGAGAACCAACCAGUACCAGCCCAGCUAUACUGGCAUGUUUCCUUUCUCCCCUCUUACCGAGGUGUCACAAUAAAAUAUUCAGAUUCUAAAGUGGCCCAUCUAGGGUAGUUAUAGAGCCAUUAACAACUUUGUUUCACCCGUGAGAAACACAGGAUAAGGUACCAGCCCCAGGGUACAUUUUGGGGUAUUUAAGCUGGCCUCCCCGGCCAUGUGAUGCACGUGCCAUUCCUAUCCAGACUCCUUGCUGUCACUCUCUGUGGAUCUAGUGCAGGCAUUAGACCACUUCAUCUCACUGCUACAUCUUUGCUCCACACCGUGACUUGGUGAGUAUACCCAGUUCCAUCGUUCUCAAGUGGGCUACCCCACUAAUGCAACCGUCUCUUAUUUUUCCUACUCUGUAUUUCUUAGCUUCUUGUAUGUUUCUUGUAUGUGUGUGCUAACUUAGGCAUACGCAACACUAUUUAGUAAAAACACUUUUUAUUGCUACUAGUCUGCCUCUUUACUACAUGUGUGUUCUGGAGAGGGACCCCGGUAUAUAUUGGUCAAGAUACACACUAAAAUCCAGACUGCGCACUAAUUUCCCCAUUAAAAUAGUGCAGUUCUGGUAACACCCCCUUCACUCAGCCGUAAUCAAGUGCAAGGCAGGAGGCAAUGCCUGUUUCCCUUUCACUCAGCUGGCAUAAGGAGUGGAGCAGGUGGCAAUGCCUGCCCCCCUUUACCAGGCCUGUAUCAGGCAUGGAGCAGGUAGCAAAGCCCACCACCCCUUCACGUGGCUGAGAUGAAGCAUGGAGCAGGUGGCAAUGCCCACCCUUCUCCUUCACUGGCCAGGUUCAUUGAUGGAGGAGGAGGGAAUGCCCGCCUGCCCACCCUCCCCUUUCUAGAGCCCACUGUAUUUCCCCCCACAACAUGCUUUGUUGUUACUAGUUAUCAAUACAUACUGGAAUCUAAACAUAUCAAUCUUUGCAGAAACCUCUUUUAUAUUACCUCAGAUCUUUGGACAUUACAAUAACUAACACUAAUAUCUAAUAUGAUUCAGUCUCUCCAUCUGCACUCAAUACGAUCGAAGCCCUCUGCCCACAUCAUUCUGCUUUCUGUCUCCAGUUGUCACCCAUGGCAGUUUCUAACAUCUUUCGAAUUCCCCCCUCGCCUUCUCCUAACUUUUCCAGCCAAGCCAGCAACUGCUAAAUCGACAGCUCCCAGCGGAUGUGCGUUCUCUGGACUCCACCUUGUGCAAUGGCCUGCCUGAAUGGGUCAGGAAAGCUCCCCCUCUCCUGACUUUCCCAAACUGUGCAAAACUGAAUUAUUCAGGAGGCCUUUUGACUCAGCUAAUUGGUUUGAGCUGUAAGAAAUGGCUCAAGGGUGUGCCUUGGGAAAGGGACAGAGACUGUAGACCACACUGCUGGGAACUGUCUGUUGAUGUGGAUAUGCUCCUACUGGAUAGUUUCCACAUCAUCAAAGUCGUUGUGUUUAAUUGUUUAUGCUCUGUUCAACAAUGCUUCAUCUCUGUGUUUAUAUUUACGCGUUUCCAAAUUUUUGCAACCUAGACGCUUUGUUUUUGUUCAUUGAAUGUCCUAGCUGUUGAUCAUAUUCUCUUACUGUGUAAUCUGCCUUGUGUCUCAGUGAGAAAAGCCUACUAUAAAUAAAUAAAAUGAAAAUAUAAUAAAUAAAUAAGUUCCACCAAUAAUCUUUAAACUUUUCCCCAUGACAUUCACAUCUUUUGAGUAUAAAUAUUCCUCCUGAAACCCCAGUACUUUGCAGCAGUUGCUCCCUGGACUUCUCCCUGUUGCCCCUGUACAUCAGUGCAAGAACCCUGGGAGAUGGGAGGCACUCCUUUUCAUGCCAAGCCCCCCAUCCCCUGCUCCUUUCAUCAGACUCCCUGGGACUUCCACUUCAAGAAAGGUUGCUUAUUUUUAUAUUUACAGUUAUCCAUUUAUAUUGUUAGGAUGGAUUAGGACACGUUAGGCAUUUGGAUCUAUUGUAGUAUUGUGUGUGAAUGCAUGCUCAUGUUAUUGCAUCUUCUUCGUUCUUCAUUGCUCUGUAAAUAAAAC